GAAAAUUGAUAAGAGACAGAGACAGAGUUUGCUUGAAGAAGACGACCACGACAGAGAGGGAGGAAAGUUUCUUUCUUUCUUUCUGUUCAAAUCCAUUUCUUUGGCCUUUUCAUUAUUGUGUGAUUGCGAGAUUCGUCCAAAUCUACACGCUUGAGAUUAGAGGUUUCUGGGCUUUUUUCUCUCUGUUUUAUUCGUGUGAGAUUGGUUCAGAAUGAGAUCAUGUGAGUGAAGGAGGAGUAUGGGAGAGGAAAGUCAGUUCCUUUGUAACAGUUUUGGAGAUUUGAUGGAGAACGGUGAUGAGGAGAGACUUACCCAAGUGGGUACCCAAGGUUCUUCUGGGUCGUUGGAAAACGAGUUUAAAAAUGAUAACUUGAUGCAGGUUAUUAAAGCUGUUGAAGCAGCUGAAACCACCAUCAAGCAGCAGGUGGAGGAGAAUAGCCGUUUAAAAGCUGAACUUGAGAGAAGUAUUCUGGAACUUGCGAAAUAUAAAUCAGAUGGAUCAUUUCCACAAACAUCUAAUCUCGGAGAUCACUCAAAUGCUACUACUGCGUCUCACCUGGUUCACCAGCCAGUUGCUGAAUCACCGGGAAUGCUGGUUGUUCACUCCUAUGGGAAUACAAAUGGCGAAGAAGCUACUGUGAGCAAUCGUUUCGAAAGGCCCUCUGAGGACUAUCUGGCUAAUGGCAUUGACAGAGGAGCUACAAGUGGUGCUGGUCCGUCUCAGUUUUAUUAUCCAUCACCUACAUCAUCUCCUGUGAGAACGCAGUUGGAAGGAGUACAUGGCACACAAAUAAAUGCAUCUUCUCAUCGAUUUAUGGCAGUUGGUGAAGUAAAUGAUUCGGGCAAUGCUGGGAAGCAGGACCUCAUUCACAAGGUCCAGGAACAAGAGCAAGAAAUUUCGCAAUUGAGGAGAUAUCUUGGUGACUGUUCUGUUAAGGAAGCUCAAAUCCGCAAUGAAAAAUAUGUUCUGGAGAAGCGGAUUGCCUACAUGCGUCUGGCAUUUGAUCAACAGCAAGAAGAUCUUGUUGACGCUGCAGCAAAAGCUCUCUCUUACAGACAAGAGAUAAUUGAGGAAAAUAUACGCCUAACAUAUGCCUUACAGGCUACACAGCAAGAGAGAUCUACAUUUGUAUCAUACUUGUUACCUCUUCUCUCGGAAUAUUCUCUACAGCCACAGGUUUCUGAUGCACAGUCUAUUGUUAGCAAUGUGAAGGUUCUAUUUAAGCAUCUACAAGAGAAGCUUCUUCUUACUGAGGCAAAGUUAAAAGAGUCAGAAUAUCAAUUAGCACAUUGGCAGUCAGAUGUGAACCACUCAAAUGAUUCCCAUUUGGCCCCAUUUCCAGCAGCUGGUGUAGCGUUAACCCACUCACCGAAGGAUUCCCUAUAUUCCCCUGAUCAAGCAGCCACAGACUGGGGUUCGAAGCGCUGGACUCAAGAUGAGCCAAGUAGCUCAACUAUGGGGAGUUACCGUAUUGAUGGUCCUAAUAAAUUUUCAUCUCCUGUGAACGGUCAGUUGGCUGCCUUUGAGAGGACUCAGCAAGCAGGUACUAGUGAAGAAGAAUCUAAUGGUUGGAAGCAAGUAGACGAAGCUCAAACUAAGCAUGUUAAAUUUCGUGAGCCUCUCAGCAAGAUAGUUCUGGACGAUGCAGAAGGACAGUCAGAUACCAAAAAUCCACCAUAUGUCCCUGUGUUUGAUGUUCCUAGCUCCUCAAAUUCUCCUCCUUUGCCCUCCGUUCGUGAAGAGCCAUCAUCGUCCUCUUCGGAGGAUACGGAAGUUGAGCCGUUACCAGCUAUAGAGGAUCUUCAAAUUUCAGGAGAACCUUAUCCUGGUCAUGAGCUUCAGGCUUGUGGUUACUCUGUAAAUGGAACAACAAGUUGUAAUUUUGAGUGGGUAUGUCAUCUAGAAGAUGGAUCUGUGAAUUACAUUGAUGGAGCAAAGCAGCCAAAUUAUCUUGUCACUGCUGAUGAUGUUGAUCUAUAUCUUGCUAUUGAAGUUCAGCCUUUGGAUGACAGGAACCGCAAGGGGGAGCUUGUCAAGGUCUUUGCCAAUGAAAAUCGGAAGAUAACUUGCCAUCCAGAGAUGCAGAGCCAUAUAGAGAAGAAUCUUCAUAGUGGUCAUGCUUCAUACAAAAUUUCUGUUUCGACUGGUUUCCUAGAUAUAUGGGAAGACGCUACGCUGUCUAUAAAGAAAGAAGGUUAUAGUAUCAAGUGUAAUAACGAUAUCAUAGUCGCAGAAAAGUUCUCAUCUUCUACUGCUGUAACAAUUCCGUUUGGGCAGCCUGCAGAAUUUGUUAUAGUUGCUUCUGAUGGUACCGAGCAUUUCUUACGAGCAGAUAAUGGAUCAGCAGACCUUAGCUGGUAA